AUAAGUUAUUGGCGAAGGUAUUUCCUUGUGUCAUUAAAAACCAAAUUAUCAAUAUUUAAUGAAAAGACUACGUCUGCAUGCCUCUGCAUCCACGUAUACAAAACCACUCGCUGAACGAGAGGAACUUCAUUUUGUGCUCACGAGCCAUGACAUCUGUCAAUCAAGACAGAUUAUAGGGAGCGUUCCGCUUGUGCGGUUCUUCUGUAAUUUGAAACUUCUGUUUUGCGAGAAUUAAGGGUUAAUGAAGCAGCUGUGACUGUUGCCAAGCAUGUCUUUCUGUUGACUGUUAAUUCGAGCGGAGAGAGAUUGUUUAGAAGAAAAUGAGUAAACCAGUCGGAAAUAUGUGCAGAAAGCAAAUUUAAAUCGAAGCCAUUUUGCUUAGUGUUUUGGGCCGUUUAGGGAACUCGUGAUCCGUUAAACAAUGAUGGUAACUUCAAGGCGACCUCGCUACAACGAAACACGGCAAUUUAUGCAAGAAGUUCGCCAUCCCAAGAAGUCUCAUGGCUGUAUGGAAUUUCGCGAGAUUACUCUGAAGGACCCAGUCGUAGAUCCCGAGUGGAUAUUUCACCAUCCACGCUUUAGAGCCGAAAAAGUCACACAUAGCAUGAAAGUCACUCCUAGCGACGGACUGAUGGGCAGUAAGAAGAUUUAUAGACGCGUUCCUAGCGCGUGUGGAGAGGUACGUUCCAAACUUCUCUGUGAAAACAAAACGUCUCGACACUUUUGCGAAUUACUAGGCCCCAAUCUGUGUAAGGAAUGCUGGAAGCUUGUGCAAAGAAUGGAAGCUUUUAAAGAACAUCGCGACAGUUUUCCUAGCGAACUGAAAAGAUCUGAAAAAUUUAAGGACCCUUUUAGCCAAGUGAUAUCCUCGCAUGAUCGCAAACUCGAAGAAAAUGACAGCGAAGAAGAGCUUUUCGAUGAGACAGAGGACGAGGAAUUUAUUUCAACGACGAUUUCCUCAAGGAAACGAAGCACGAUAACUUCUCCAAACGACAGUGGCUAUUCAAGCCGAAUGAGUUAUAUUCUAAGCCUCAGUAGGACCCCCUCAGGCGACGUAUGUUCUCGCGUGACUUCACGUUCCCGUUGUACACGCGGAGGGGCAAGGGUCCAAGACGACAAAAGAGAAAUUUCUCCAAAAAACACCGAGGUGUUUACGACUCCUAUUUGGAAAAACGCCUACUUAGCUAAACUUAGCGAAAGAGAACCAUUCAGAGAAAUUUUGACGAACACGCUUCACUUUCCCAGAAAGGUGAGACACGCUUGGCGACAUUUACCGGUCGAGCCAGUCCUUAUGGAUUUGAAAUUUAUUAAUUUUACCAUAUACGACGGCAGAAGACUCAACGGAAAAGAGGAUACCGAAACUUCAAAGUAAUUAAAUCACAACAGUAAACCAAAGAAAUUGUACAGGGAAAUUUACAGAGAAACUGCAUUAUUAUUGUUAGUAUUUUAGUAUUAUUAUUAUUAUUAUUAUCAUUAUUAUUGUUGUUGUUGUUGUUGUAAGACGACAGUGAGAACCGAAAAACAGCCAGCAUAAAUGGAACUGUAAUAUAUGCUUGAGGAAAAUCUAGAUAUAUAAAUGGAAACAAAAUUAAUUAAGAAGUACAAAUGAAAUGUGACUAACUUCAGCUUAUGUUAUAUUUUUGAUUGAGUAUGUUCAGAGUUCUCCGCUGAAUGUUGUACAUUGUUAUGUAUACGUGAAGUGAGAUGCGCUCGCCCGAGGUUGUUGAUAAGUUGUUCAUUUUGUUACUUUCAGGUUAAACUUUUUUGCUUUCGGGUUUUGUGCCACUCUUUUUUAGCUACACUGGGAAAGGCCUAGGAGCCACAAAUAAUCACUUUCUAUAGUUUUCUCUCUUUGUUCUGUUCUCAUUUUUCGACUUUCAUUUCCCCCAAAAUAGUUUUUUUUUUCUUUUUUGUUAGCAACCCUAUCUCAUUCUUUUUUCUGUUUGAUCCGUGGUCCCCAAAUCCUAGUUUUAAUCUUUUUACGCAGUCGGGCCCCUCCUUUUAGAUGAGCACAUGAGAUAAAUGGAAAAGACCUAUUCAUCCAUUGGGACUCCAAAGUGGGGUAGAAGAUUUGGCACACAAAGUAGAGAAUUAAAACUUAUAGUCAAAAACAAAA